AACCAGUCCUGCCUCCAGCUCGUCCUCGCUUCAGGAUACAACAUCAAACAAGUACAGGCCUACUCGACUAGUGCUUCCUCUCCCUGUCUGCCCCGUUUAUUCCUACGGGCCGAUGUGCUUUGGGCUCACGAGGCGUUGUUUUGGCUUCCGGCUAGCUGCAGGCGCGCCAUUUCAACUCCAGUCUAAACGCCAUUCAUUGAUCGCACAGACACUGCACCAGAUCUUUCUCUUUGCUGGCUCCCUCGAGGCUACCCGAACAUUUCAGCUUCACAAUCCUUAGCCCAAAACCGCCAAUCAAGCCAUCAUGAACAACCCCGCCCUGCCAAUGUACGCUGCGGCUGGAGCUGCUUUUUCUUCAUCCCCUGCACAGGCUGCGUACCAGCCAGGCCUGAUAGCGAACCACUUGCAAAGGCCAGCCCACCCUCAAGUUACACCACAGCCCAUAUCGCAGGCCAUCUAUCAUCAAAAUCCGGGGCAGAUUGGCGCCUUUUCACCGUCUAAUCAUAGCCCACUUCAAGGAUAUCCGACAAAUGGACCGUCGCCCAUGUCAGUGACCCAAGCCGCGAGCCAACCUCCUCACACUUCCUCCUUGUCCCAAAUGUCGACGCCGACCCCUCCUCUGCAAGCAGGAUCAUCUGCCUCAGCCGAUACACACACAGCCGCCUUCAUGGGACUACCUGUCCAACCCAAUUCCAGUCUUGCGCAGCAAGCGCAAAUGCAGAAAGCGGUUCAGAUGGCCCACAACAUUCCUCAGCAACAACACCAACAACAACAAGCGCAGUCAGAGCACCAGACAGAUGGAGGGGCGCUGUCCAUGUCACCGCAGUCAGCGGCGCGAGAGCGCGCAAGAGUAUCUAUUUUAUUGGACAUCAACACACAUUUAUUGCAAGAGGUGAUAUCGCUACAAGAACAAGAGAAGACGGCCAAUUCUGCGGUCUCAGGACAACAGUCACCGGAUUCUCCAGUGUCUGCAACUGACCCUUCAAAUCCAUUGAACAGCUCUGGUGAUGAGCCAUCAAAAUCAGCCAGCGGCACAGGCUCCCAUCCGAAUAAGCCACCUUCACAGGAAUAUGCAGAUUGUAUGCGCCGGCUUCAGGCGAAUCUGUCAUAUCUGGCUGCUAUCGCAGAUGCCAAAAAGAAGGCAAACGGCGCAUUGCCUCAUGGUCCGACAAUAAUGGCACCACCCGCGCACUUGCCCCAAGUCCAGGACCUCUACAAACAGCUGAACUCCCUCUUUCCUGAUGCCGGACAGUCUGCGAUGAGUAAGGCUCACACAGUGUCACAGCAUCCGACUCAGAAUAUGAACACUGAAUCGCGGCACUCCGAUCCUGUUUUGGCGGACGUGUGAGUUCAAGAAUUGUGACAACACAUAGUUCUACCGACUCAAAAUAUAUUGAAGCGAGCGCCCAAGUCGUCCCCAGCGAUGACAGACACAUUGAAUGCCAUCCUGUAGACCGAGUCGGUGACCUGAACAAUCUUACAGCAGCCGACUGGUGAGUUUGCAGAGACAGAAUGUCGCCAGAUUUGUGCCUCGAUUGCAACAGCAGACUGACAAGGCCUCCUCACGAAGGUUCCAGACAAUCAGCACGCCAGGUUGCUUCAGAAAACCUCUGGUGGCUAUAUCCGGUCCAGAGAAGUCACACUCAGCGCGCUUCAUUCUCCUGUGCCACCGGGGAUUAUGUGGAGGGAACGUAUGAGCAGAGUUCUUUGAGGUCCGGCCAUGUCGGAUGCUAAUUAUCACUUCAGGUAUCGUGAGAACGAGAGAGUGGUUCACCUUCAAGUUGCCUGAAGAGAUUUACAAGGGUGUUGAGAUGCUCGAGAUGCCAGAAUGCAUUGUUGAACGGGAGCAAGAUCGAUGAUUGUGAGGAUGACGGUUCCUAUACUUGUACACGGGGAUUGAUAUCUACAUGUAUAUGGAUUUUACCUACCUCUUGAACGGUGUACAUAGCAUUGUGUACCUAGCAGUACUUUGUUUGUAGUGCGUGCCUGGAAUGUGAGUCCAAUGAUGGUUGCGCAGACAUGAGACAAGGCUGCCAAGACCAAUCGGAG